AUGGCUGGCACACGAAGUUCCGCACGCCUCAAGGCCUCUGCUGCGCCCAAAAACAACGACGACCAGCCAUCGUCGGCCGAGGAAGAAGCAGCGAAACCCAAUGGCAACAAGUCGACGCGUCGCAAGCGUGGCCGCGCAGACGACGAGCAUGUAGCACAGGACAGUCGGCCGGCCAAGAAACAUCCAAGGAGAGAAAGGAAGGCAAAUCCAAGAAAAAGCAAACAGAAUACACCCAAAGCAUCCAAAGAAAGCAAGAGUAUACCCAAAGCACCCAAACCCUCCAACGCCACCAAGUCCAAAUCCACCCCCUUACCAGCCCCCACGCGCUCUCCAAACAGCCCGCAAGAAACCUUCUGGCUCCUCAAAGCCGAGCCCCUCCCACGCUACGAAAACGGCAUCAACGUCUCCUUCUCCAUCUCGGACCUGCGCGCCUGCACCGCCCCGGAACCCUGGUCGGGCGUGCGCAACCCGCAAGCACGCAACAACAUGCAAGCCAUGCGCGCAGGGGAUCUGGGCUUCUUCUACCACUCCAACGCGAAGCCCUCAGGUAUCGCGGGGAUCCUGCGCGUAGUCGAAGAAGCGAAAGUGGAUGAGACGGCGUUUGAUCCCAAAGAUCCGUAUUACGAUGCCAAGUCUGAGCGGGAGAAGCCCAAGUGGUUUUGUGUGGGGGUGGAGUUUGUGAGGGAGUUUGAUGAGGUGCUGGAUUUGAAGCGGAUUAAAGAGUGUGCGAAGGAAGGGGGUGCGUUGAAGGAUAUGCAGCUUGUGACGCAGUCGCGGUUGAGUGUGUGUCGGGUGAGUAGGGAGGAGUGGGAGUAUAUUCUUGGAAUGGUGGAUGGGGAGAAAAAGAAGGAAUAA